GGCGCGCGCACUCGGAGAGCCGAGCCGCCGGGAGCCCAGCGCGCCCGCCGCGUCCUGCCGCCGCGUCCGUCUCCGCGGGUCGCCGCUCGCCUUCGCGGGGCCAUGACCACCGAGCAAAUAGUCCUCCAGGGCCCGGGGCCGUGGGGCUUCCGCCUCGUGGGGGGCAAGGACUUCGAGCAGCCCCUCGCCAUCUCCCGGGUUACUCCCGGAAGCAAGGCCGCGAUAGCCAAUUUGUGUAUCGGUGAUAUAAUUACGGCCAUCGAUGGGGAAAAUACCAGCAACAUGACGCACUUGGAAGCUCAGAACAAGAUCAAGGGCUGCGUCGACAACAUGACUCUCACAGUGUCCAGGUCUGAGCAUAAAGUCUGGUCUCCUCUCGUGACAGAGGAAGGGAAGCGUCACCCGUACAAGAUGAACUUGGCCUCUGAGCCGCAAGAGGUCCUGCACAUAGGAAGCGCCCACAACCGGAGCGCCAUGCCCUUCACCGCCUCGCCCGCCUCCGGCUCCGCCCCCCGGGUCAUCACCAACCAGUACAACAACCCCUCCGGCCUCUACUCCUCCGAGAACAUCUCCAGCUUCAACAGCGCCUUGGAGGCCAAGACGGCGGCCAGCGGGCCGGAGACGAACGGCAGAGGCUCAGAGCAUUCUCCGUCUCCAAGCGGACUCGUCAUCGACAAGGAAUCCGAAGUUUACAAGAUGCUUCAGGAGAAGCAGGAGUUAAACGAGCCCCCGAAGCAGUCCACGUCCUUCCUGGUGCUGCAGGAGAUCCUGGAAGGGGACCCCAACAAGCCCUCGGGAUUCAGAAGCGUGAAAGCGCCGGUCACCAAAGUGGCUGCCUCGAUCGGAAACGCCCAGAAGUUGCCCAUGUGUGACAAGUGCGGCACCGGCAUCGUCGGCGUGUUCGUGAAGCUGCGGGACCGCCACCGCCACCCCGAGUGCUACGUCUGCACCGACUGCGGCACGAACCUGAAGCAGAAGGGCCACUUCUUCGUGGAGGACCAGAUCUACUGUGAAAAGCACGCCCGGGAGCGGGUCACCCCCCCGGAGGGCUACGACGUGGUCACCGUGUUCCCCGCCAAGUGAGCGGGCAGACGCGCCCGAACGCGGCCGGCCCGCCGGCCCCUCCGCGCCCCGCCCCGCACCCGCCCUUCCUCCCUGUCCCCGCGCGCGCUGCGCGUCCCUGCCCGUACCCACGGGCUCCCCCGCCUCGGACGCUGCCUUUCUGUAGGGGAAGAGCCUUUGGUGCAGGGCCCCCUGCCAGCAUCCUCUCUUCACCUCCGUCCGUCUCCGCGGCACACGGACGGCGGCCCGAUCGGAAGCAAGCCGGACUGACUGUGUCUGCCCCUGGCUUUGUUUUUACUCAAUAAACGUAUGGACUC